GAACUGACCAAGGAGGAGGAGGCGGCAGCCCGCGCAAAAGAGGCCGAAGAACAAGCAGCAUUACCCUACAAGUGGACGCAGACAAUUGCAGACGUUGACAUAACGACUGAAAUUCCUGGAAAUCUAAAAAGCCGAGAUUUGGUCGUACGCAUCAAUAAAAAAUCUCUACACGUAGCUAUCAAAGGCCAAGAGGAGAUUCUGAGCGGCGAUCUCCCUCACGAAAUUCUUGUUGACGAGUCUACAUGGACCCUUACUACUUCUCCUUCAGGUAUGAAAACUUUGUCGCUACACAUCGAUAAGGUAAAUAAAAUGCAAUGGUGGGAGCAUGUCAUCAUCACAGCUCCCAAAAUCGAUGUCACAAAAAUCACGCCAGAGAAUAGUAAAUUAAGUGAUCUAGACGGAGAAACGAGAAGCAUGGUGGAGAAAAUGAUGUACGACCAAAGACAAAAAGAAAUAGGAAAGCCGACUAGUGAUGAGCAGAAGAAGUUAGACAUGCUCGAAAGUUUCAAAAAACAGCAUCCAGAAAUGGAUUUCAGUAAUGCAAAAAUCGGAUAA